ACUAGGUCUAGACUAAAAAAUGUCUAGUACACAGAUCCUCUCCUCCUCUCUCUGCAAAAGCCCCUCUCUUGAGUCUUGAUCCGAAGACGGCAAGCCGCCUAUUUUCAGUGUAAAGUUCAAGCUUAUCUUUAUCUUCUUGUCCUGUAUAUUCCACUAUCCCAUGAAAAGAGUCUAUCAUUUUUUCAAUCUCACACACCAAACCCAGAUCUUGGGUUCCUGGGUUUUGGCUCACUUGCUCAAUCCAAGAAAGUGAACUGUAGAGUGAGAGACACAAUGCUUAAGCUAGUACUUGGACUCACUUCAACUGUUUUCUUUAUUGUUCUCGUUCUUAUACUAGUCUUCUUCUGGCAUAAACGAAGAGCUAAACAUGGCCAGAAUGACAUGGAAAGCAUUGGUGAGAAACAGAGAGAUGAAGAGACACAGGGUGAGGAUUUGUUGACUUUCCAGGGCGUCCAAGACCUCACAAUCGCUGACAUUCUUGAUGCUCCUGGAGAGGUGAUUGGGAAAUCCAACUACGGAACUCUGUACAAGGCUUUGUUGCAGAGGAGUAACUCGGUUAGGCUGCUCAGGUUCUUGAGACCAGCGUCCACUGCCAGAGUGAAAGAGUUUGGGGAUGUGAUUCAGUUCUUGGGUUGCAUUAGGCAUCCCAAUUUGGUUCCUCUUCUGGGAUUUUAUGCAGGACCCAGAGGAGAAAAGCUUCUUGUUAAUCCAUUUUGUAGGCCUGGUAAUUUGGCUCAAUUUAUCAGAGAUGGAAAUGCUGACUCUCACAAAUGGAUCAACAUUUACAACAUCUCCAUUGGUAUUGCCAAAGGAUUGGAUCAUCUUCAUACAGGAUUGCAAAAGCCGAUAAUCCAUGGAAAUCUGAAGACCAAAAACAUAUUCUUGGAUCGCAAUCACCAGCCAUAUAUCUCAGAUUUUGGUUUCCAUCUCCUAUUGAAUCCUACAGCAGGCCAAGAAAUGUUUGAAGCUUCUGCUGCUCAGGGCUACAAAGCUCCUGAACUUAUCAAAAUGAAAGAUGCAUGUGAGGAAACUGAUAUAUAUAGCCUGGGAGUGAUCUUGCUGGAAAUACUUUCAGGGAAGGAACCAAUCAAUGAAAACCCAACAACCCCAGAUGAAGACUUUGAUCUACCAACAUCUUUGCGAAAUGCCGUUCUUGAUCAUAGAAUUACAGACUUGUAUCAUCCAGAUAUACUUCAGAGCAAUGUUGGCGAUGCAGAAAGUCCGGCCACUGAAGAACAGAUUCUCAAGUUCUUUCAGCUUGCCAUGGCUUGUUGUUCUCCUGCACCUUCACUUAGGCCCAACAUUAAGCAAGUUCUAGUGAAGCUUGAAGAGAUUGGGAAGUAAAGACUUUUUUUGAUGAUUUUGACAUAUGUUGGGGGAAGGAUAAGGUGGGGAUUCAGUGGAAGGAAGCAAAAAAGGUUGAAAUUUUCUGCUUGGCAACAAAUGCUGAUAUAGACAUCUCUUGCUAUAGCUAGAGGCAAGACUUACUCAAUUAAGCCACCCAACAAGGUAUGCCUAUAGAAUUGGUUGGUUGGUUUUGUCAGAUUCCAUGAUUAAUUUAUCUGUAAAAAAGUAUCAUCAAAGAAA